AUGAACGUGCCUGAAUUUCGGGUGCCUGCGUUUGCGGUCAACCGUGGCCAGGUCUGCUUCGUUGCAUCGCUGUUCGCCGCUCUGUUAUGCACCUUCCAGCAAUCGGGUGUUUAUGGAAAUCCCCAGAUAAGAACAUAUCCCACUUUCCCUGGACAAGUCGUUUAUAGCCGAUUUGACCCGGACAAUCAGCGACAACCAUCCGACUAUCCCAUACAAUUUCCCAAUCAAUAUGACCAGGAGCGCGAGGUCGAGGAUCAGAAACCACAUGUCGGUCCCUUGCAUUUCGCUUUUGACAUGCUGAAGACGUACGUGCUUCCGCAGCAAACAAAUGCCGCCAUCUGCCCGAUACUGCCGCAAACCUUGCUGGCCACCCUGUACGACGUGGCGGACGGCGGAGCCAGGAUGGAGCUGCUGUCUGCGCUAAAGGCGACCCCACAGGCUCUGCAGCCGAUUGUGCAGAAGCAGCUGCUGGCUACCAACCGGUCGGGGGUGAACGAGCUCGACUACGCGAUGGCCUAUUUCAUCGGCGCCGAUACAAAGAUCCAGCAAGAUAUCUAUCGCCGCGGCGUCGAGAACGGUGUCUCAUUUCAGAAGGUCGACUUCCGCAAACAAAACGAAGCGGCCAGUAUCGCCAACCGCUGGGUGACGGAUAAAACAAGAGGUCUCAUCCGGGAAAUUGUUGCGCCUGGUGGACUCGAUCCUGCCACCCGUCUGAUGAUGGCCAGCGUUAUCUACUUCAAGGGAAAGUGGAAGUAUCAGUUUAUCGACACGAAACAGGCACUGUUCGAGACGGCACCGGGUGGACAAAGAACCCUGCAGGUGCCAAUGAUGUACCAGUACAAUAAACUCCGGUACGGUGAGGUCGAUUUCCGCGAUGGCAAUGGUAUGCGCUGGGUCGAGCUGCCGUACGAGGGUACUAACGGGUUAUCUAUGGUGCUGAUGGUGCCGAAGCAGCGCCACCAGCUGGACCGGUCACUGGAGAACCUAUCUCUGUCCGAUAUGAGCAACGUCAUGGAGCAGCUGACAGCUCCUCGGGUGACGAACAAGGUGCAUCUGUACGUGCCUCGGUUUAGCGUGUACAGCUCAUCCUCGUUGGUUCCGGUGAUGAAGAGUCUGGGCCUCCGGUCGAUCUUCGAUCGCUCGACUGCCCUGAGCGGUCUGUCCAACGAGGAGCUGGUUGUGCGCGAUAUCACCCAGCGGACAUUCAUCUCGGUCGACGAAGAGGGCACGACCGCUACCUCGGUGGUGUCACUUUCGUUUGUCGCUCUCAGUGCCGUCACGCCACCGCCGGCAAUCAACUUUACCGUUGAUGAGCCGUUCCUGGUCAUGAUAGUGGACAAGAUACACUCCUAUCCGAUGUUCGUGGCAAAGGUUGCAGUGCCAGAAAAGUUUUAA